UUCUCCCACUUUCUCAUUUCUAUCCUUCACUUCUAUCUCUCACUCUCUGGCCUCUACGUGAAAUCCAUGAUCUACCAUGACUCUCCGGUGCGGGAGGGGAAGUGUUUUUACCAAUUCUCCGUAGGACAGCAACGGAAGACACGGAAAUGGUGAAUUUAGUUGAAAUAGACCUACAAAACUCAAAGUCUCAUGUUAUGCCUUUUGUUGCUUCACUACAGCUAAGGUAGAAUGAGGUUAUUUUGACUGUUGAGGGCCUCCCACUGUUGCGGUAUCGAGUGUUCUAUGACUCAAAUUUUUUGAAGGGUCAGUGGUUGGGUGGGUGAGCAUUGGAAAUGUGGCUUCGACAGUCAAAAAAGUCUGUGGCACGGUGGUAUGCUCUGUAUGUCUGUGAGGUGCUUGUCAAAAGUCUCAAUGAGUAUUUAUCUUGUGUCUUGUGAUGAAAAUUCUGCGCAAUUUUCUGGGCUCCUCCAAUAAUCAAAAUAUGUGGUGAUUGUGAAAAGAGCCAUGGCUUGGUGUGUGUUGUGGGCUGCAAAGUGGGACCCUUCUCCAUUUGCAAGGCUAGUAACUCCUCUCUCUCGGAACGAUUGAUAGUGGAUUGCUUUGUGACACAGUUUGCAUGCUCUGUCAGUUUACUUUCUUUCAAUUAGUUUUCAUCGGGCUUGUCCGAGAAUCAUUUGGAAGUGAUUUUAGCCAAUGAUGAAGUCCCCAAAGAUCCCAUUUCAGAAAAUUUCAACCCCAAGAACUUCUAUGGAAUUAACAAAUGUGGCGAAAUUGAUAGAAAGGAAGUGGAAUCCAAUUCCUCUGCCACAUGGAACCAUCCCUGAACCUAAAGGCCAAGACCUUGAUUAUGUGAACGUUGCUCAUAGUCAUCUUAUACAUUUUGAUUGGUGUAAGCUUGAUAAAUUGGCCUCUGGUUUGACCCCAUUUCGAGUUAAGCAUUUAUUGUUGAGAACGCAAAAGGAUUACGUUCUUUCACUUGAAUUUUUCAAGUGGGUUGAACUCAAGAACUCGAGCUCAAUUACCCUUCAAACACAUUCCAUCAUUCUGCAUAUUCUUACUAAAAAUAGGAAAUUUAAGUCGGCUGAGACAAUCCUUAGGAGAGUCAUUCAAUUGAGUUUGGGUUCAUUGGAUCUUCCUUCUAAAUUGUUUGAGGCCUUAGUGUAUUCCUAUCGAAUUUGUGAUUCUUCACCCCGUGUUUUUGAUGCAUUGUUCAAGACUUAUGCACAUCUGAAGAAGUUUAGGAAUGCCACAGACACAUUUAGUCUUAUGAAGGAAUACGGGUUCUUGCCUACAAUUGAGUCUUGCAAUGCAUACUUGAGCUCGUUGAUUAGUUUGAAUAGGUCUGAUAUUGCAUUAUCAUUUUACAAAGAAAUGCAAAGGUCCCAUAUUUCCCCAAAUGUUUAUACUCUUAACAUGGUGAUUGGUGCUUUCACCAAAUUGGGGAAUACAGAAAAGGCAGUUAAGGUGUUUAAGGAGAUGGAGAAGAUGAAUAUUAGUCCAACUGUCGCAUCGUAUAAUACAUUGAUUGCAGGAUACUGUAGUCAGGGUCUUCUGAGCACUAGUCUGAAGCUCAAGAAGCUCAUGGAGAAGAAUGGGCUCUGUCCAAAUGAGGUUACGUACAACACCCUCAUGAAUGCUUUUUGCAAGGCAGGGAAGUUGCACGAAGCUGGUAAGCUUUUCAAGGAAAUGAAAACCAUGGAUGUUGCUCCUAAUACUAUAUCCUACAAUAUAUUGAUUGACGGUUACAGCCAAGCGGAGAACAGUGAGAUGGCUGGUCGUCUUUUUGAGGAGAUGUCAGUAAAUGGUAUUAAGGCAGAUAUAAUCACUUACAAUGCAUUGAUUUUGGGACUAUGUAAAGAGGGAAAGACAAGGAAAGCUGCAUAUCUGGUGAAAGAGCUGGAUAGAGAAAAAUUUGUUCCAAACUCUUCUACCUUCUCUGCUAUUAUAACUGGGCAAUGUGUUAGAAAGAACUCUGAGCGUGCUCUUCAACUCUACAGAAGCAUGAUAAGGACUGGUUGUCAUCCAAACAAAGUGACACUGGGGAUGCUGAUAUCCACUUUCAUUGAGAAUGAGGAUUAUGAUGGAGCUGCUAUGGUUUUGAGGGAGAUGCUUGAGAGAUCCAUUUCCCCUGAUACAGGUACUUUAUCAGAGCUUUGCAAUGGACUUUGUAAAGAUGGCAAAGAAGAAGUGGCAACCAGUUUGUGUAAAGGGUUAGAAGCUAGGCAUCUCAUGCCAGAAAGUUUUCAAAAGACUUGAAUCUUUAGCUCUAGACCAAAAUCUUUGGACGACAAACGUGAAGAUGACAAUUCAACCUCAAAAAAUUGAAGCAUAAGAUGAAUUGUGUUGUACUGUUUCUUGCUGAAAGAGCAAAUGUCCUAUCUGGCAGAUAUCCUGCUCUAUUAGUUUGUCGACAAGGUCACGUGGUAGAGUGGUAUACUUUGUGGGUCUCACCCUAAAGUGUUUCAAAUUCAUCAUGCCGUUUGUAAGAGGAAUUUUAUCUAUUUAUCAUCAGGACACGAGCGGAUUCAGGUUUUGAGAGCUUUGAAGCAGUAGUGCAAGUGCUACAAGUCUGCUUUGGUUACUUGCAAUAUAUGUUUUGAGCCCCUCUAACCGAAUCGCUUUGUACAAUUCUCAUAACAUCUUUUCAUUCCUAACACCUGUAAUUUACUUAUUUGUUUUGUUAGCAAGUUAAUUCUGCGUUCUUAUCAUGUUAAUUGGAUAUUCAUAUUUCUCUC